AUGGUGGGGGGGGGGGGGGGGGGGGGGGGGGGGGGGGGGGGGGGGGGGGGGGGGGGGGGGGUGGGGGGGGGGGGGGUGGGGGGGGGGGGUAGGGGGGGGGGGGGGGGGGGUAGGGGAGGGGGGGGGGGGGGGGGGGGGGGGGGGGGGGGGGGGGGGGGUAACAACACAACACAAAACCUCCGUCCAACCUGCGCCCCCUCUGUUCAACUCACAACCGAUCUCCCGUUACGCUCUAGAGAUCCGCUCAUCCAGCACCCUGUCCAAUCCUAUCCUUAUCCACCCCCCUCUUGCCCGAGCACGCGACAACCUAGUUACCAGUUGACAGAUGGGCGUGAUGGCGAACACCGAAGUGUGGUCAAUCAUAAUACGAUCCAAAUAAUGGCACUCAUAGAGUCCUUGGGGAUCGAGCUGCUCGUUCCUCUCACUUUAACCCAUGCCAUCUUCUUUGUCCCAUCCCGCUCCACGUGGGAGUCCUAA